GUAUCCGUAGUCCCUGACAGAAAGUAGGACUCAAUAAGUAUUUGUUGAAUGAACUAAUCUUAUCUCUAAUUUGCUGACAUAGGUCAAAUAGUAUGGCAGUUGUUCAUAGCUAUCUUUUAUGGAGGCUUCCAUUGCCUCAGAAUCAGAAAAAAGAAAAAAAAAACUUUUUGAGUAUUGUCCAUUUAAAGUAGCAUAGAUAAAAAUCAGUCACAAAAUGAGGCUGAGGAUGUAGAAAAAAAUUAACCAUAGGUUGUAUUACUCCCCUCAAUAAUAGAUAUGUCUGCCAAACUAUGCAAUUCUACCUAAGAUAGUUACAUAAAUAACAUGGUUGUAUGUCAUUUCUAGUUUUUGUUGUUUUGUUUUGUCUUGUUUGGAUAGGGAACCUACAUAAAUAGCAACCAAGAACUAUCUGUAAUGGUUUUGAAGGACUCUCUGUUUCAGAAUCUGUCAGAAUUAUGCUAGCUAGAAUAAUAUUCCAGAAACUCACUUUUAACAAAUUGCAGGUAUAAUACAUGUUUAGUUAAAUUUUAUUUUUAUCAGAUGUAUUUUUUAAGUUCAUGUAUAACUCCCUUCUACUUUUCCUGGGUCCAAUAUGAGAGUAGGUUCCAUGGGGAAACAGGGAAGGGAAAUCAUUUGGAUACCCUUUAACUAUCUACCCUUCUGGAUUUGGGGGUCAGGGAGAUGGACUUCCUAAUUUUUUUUUUUUUUAACCAAGAGCUCUGGUUUUACACAUUCUGUAUCUCCCCUCGCCCCACCACUCAGCUUCAUCAUAUCUUUGAAUGUUCUUUUCAUAAAUUGGUGAGAAUAUUUUAAACACACCUACUGAGAGCAUAAUCAGAAAUUCUACUGUGAAGCUUUUCACUUUGCUGACACGCUUUACCACUUUCCAAUCUAAAGUCUAGUUAUUUGGAGAGCCUUUUGUUGAACAUCAAAUUUUGAGAAAACAAUCUUUCACAGUGGAGCCAAUUUUUUUUUCCUUGCCAAAAAAAACCCCCACAAACAGAAGGAAUUCAGCACAGGAUAGUAAGAGGGACAAAGAAAAUGUCAGCACCACAGAAAAAAAAUGACAGCAAUGAACUCAUACCACCUAUCAAUAAUCAUACUAAACAUAAAUGGAAAACAAAGGAAAUGAAAAGAAUCCACAAAUUUAUUUCUUUGCACUUUUAAAAAGUUUUCUAUCAUAAGCACGUUUUAUCAUCAAAAAGAAGUGUUGUUUUUUUUUCUGUAAGACUGUUGCAUGUAAUUGAUGAAUUUCAACAUUAUGCUAAGUGAAGCCAGAUAUAAAAGACUAUAAUAUGAUUCUAUUUAUUUGAAAUUUUUAGAGAAGGCAAAACAAUGGGCCUGGGGAGGAUAUAGGCAAAGGGAAGUUUUGGGGUGAUAGUUUCACAACAAUAUAGGUUUACAAAAUUCAUCAAGAAUGUACACUUAAAACGGGUAGAUUUUACGGUAUAUAAGCUAUGUCUUAAAGCUUUUUAAAAAUAUGCGUAUAUUAAUUCUUCAAGAAUACUGCAAAGAUUUGUUACUUAGAAGUUAGUGCUUUUAAAAGAAUGUUUGAUGUUAUGGACAUUGAUUGAUUAAAGACAACAGUCUUCUUAUUGAAAAGCUGGAGUCUGUCCAGAAUGCUGAGGGAAAUUGAUACCUUACACGGUGGUGCUCCAGGGGCCCUGCUAUUUAGAAGGAAUGCUCUGAGCUGCUAGGAUCCAGAGAGUUUUUCUCAUUGGUUCUUAUGUAAGAGGUGCCACCUGCAGAGACAGAAAAGGAGUGCCUGGCCUUUUAGAGGAAGGUCCUGACAGUGAUACAAGGACCCAUAUAAGUGUCAGCAGGUUGACCGAAGGCAGUGAACAAACAGAAGCAAGAAAGGCUGAGGACGCUCAGCAGCUAUAACAGCAAGAGGAACGCCUCAAAGGCCUGGCCUGCCCUCCCAAGAUGGAGAAAUUUAAGGCUGCUAUGCUCUUGGGAUGCGUCGGAGAUGCUCUUGGUUACAGAAAUGCCAGCAAGGAAAACAGUGCUUUAGGUGCAAAGAUCCAGGAGGAACUGAAACAAAUCGGAGGACUAGGCCAGCUCAUGCUUUCACCGGAAAAAUGGCCCGUGAGUGACAACACCAUCAUGCACAUAGCAACCGCUGAGGCACUCACCACAGACUACUGGUGCCUGGAUGACCUGUACCGGGAGAUGGUGAAGCGCUAUGUGGAAAUAGUUGAGAAGCUUCCAGGGCAUCGGCCAGACCCAGCUACUAUUGAAGGCUGCUCACAGUUGAAGCCAGAUAACUAUCUCCUCGCCUGGCACACACCUUUCAAUGAAAAGGGUUCAGGAUUUGGGGCCGCCACCAAAGCAAUGUGCAUCGGGAUGCGAUACUGGAAGGCUGAUCGGUUGGAAACACUUAUUGAAGUUAGCAUCGAGUGUGGAAGGAUGACGCAUAACCACCCUACAGGGUUCCUCGGGUCACUGUGCACAGCCCUGUUCGUAUCUUAUGCCAUACAAGGAAAGCCACUUGUGCAGUGGGGGAGAGAGAUGAUGAAGGUGGUUCCACUGGCUGAAGAAUAUUGUAAAAAGACCAUUCGGCAUAUGGCAGAGUACCAGGAGCAUUGGUUUUACUUUGAAGCUAAGUGGCAGUUUUAUUUGGAGGAGAGAAAAAUCGCUGAAGAGAAAGAAAAUAAAGCCACCUUUCCUGAUCAUUACGAUGCAGAGGAGAGAGACAAGACUUACAGGAAAUGGAGCUCAGAAGGUCGAGGGGGAAGGAGAGGCCAUGACGCUCCCAUGAUUGCAUAUGAUGCUCUUUUAGGAGCUGGGGAUAAUUGGACAGAGCUCUGUAACCGAGCCAUGUUUCACGGAGGUGAGAGUGGAGCCACUGGAACAAUUGCGGGCUGUCUGUUCGGAUUGCUUUAUGGCCUGAACGAUAUUCCCAAAGGCUUGUACCAGGACCUCGAACACAAGGAGAAACUAGAGAACUUGGGGGAAGCUCUUUACCGCCUGUCCACAGAAGAAAAGUAAAGCUGUUUCUGCUAUUUUCCGUUCCUGCCACAUUCUGGGGCCCCACUAGUGUUCACAAACAAACUAAUAGAUUCUACUUAGGUAAUUUUGUACGUAUGCGAUUUUCAGCUGCUAAUUAAAACUUAACUUUUUCCCUCCUAAUUUCAGAAUCCUAAUUGCUAUAUAAAAUACAUCAAUCACCCUGUAGAAUGGUUUCCCUGAUCCUAAUCCAAACCCAGGGUGUUAGUAGCAUUAAGUGGAAUCUGCUGUACUCAAACCUCCAAAAACAGUGGUUACAAAUAGUCUCUUGGACAAUUGGUAUAUUUUAUUCCAGCACAAAACUAAUGCUAUCUGCUCACUUUUGUCAACAAAACUAACUGCAGUGACUCUCCUCAGACACGCCUCCUCUAUUUGUAAAAGCCUUAUGUCACUCUGUUUUUCUACCUUAGCCGUGUAUCUUGACAACUGGCAAACCUAUUGCUGCCUCAUUCAUUCAUUAAUGAUCUGUCAGUCUCUUAUUGGCAGUAUGAUGCAUUUGUAUUCUUACUGCAGAUGUUCCUACAACAACAACAAAAAUAAAUCGAUAUUGAGCGCAUUCAGGGCAUAGCCAAAAUAGCACUGCAUCUAACCGUCCCAGCCUACGUUUUUAAUCACACUAGAUCUUUAAAAGCAACCUCUUUGGAACAACCUACUGAGGAAACCAGGAAAUAAAUGAUCGUCAUGGCGGUCACAAGUAUGCUUCUUCUCUUUGGCCUGGAUUUGUCACAUACUUUUUUAGUGGGUCAGUGGAGCCUUGGUGGCAUAGUGGUUAAGAGCUGGGCUGCUAACCGAAAGGCCAGCAGUUUGAAUCCACCAGCCACUCCUUGGAAACCCUAUGGGGCAGUUCUACUCUGUCCUAUAGGGUUGCUAUGAGUCCGAAUCGGAAUAGACUCAAAGGCAGCGGGUUUAGUGGGUCAGUGUCCAAUUACAGAGAAGGUCUUUAACCUACUGCAGUCCUGCUCCAUCUAGGCUCACUGAUAAGGAAGCAGUUGUCCCCUGAGGCUGAGAUUUCUCUCUCUGAGAGUCUUGAAAAAGAGAACAGUUGCUCUUGUUGUUAAAAAUAACUCAACUUUGGACAAGUUUUUUAAAAAGUAGCAUCUGGUGUGAAUAAAACAAGCAGUUGAUGACUGAUAUUUAACACUAUGCUUUGGCAGCUUGGCUAGAGUCUAUCCUGUUUAUUGUAAUGUACUUUUUAUUUAAGAGCUUGCCUCUGAACAUAGGCAGGUGUGGUCCACAGAAUAUACAAUAGAAUGCCAGUUCACAGGGGAGUGUCCACAUAACAACAGGAUUCCUGCAGCGAUACCUCUGCAGAGAAAAUGAGGCAAAGACAGAAAGAAUUGAUUGGCUUGAAGGUGGAUGGCAUCCAAAAGCCAAAAUUCUUAUUCCCAUGGGCUUUGUUUUCUUUCUUUUAUAGGAUUAUUUAGAUAGGGAAAAUGGUUUAUAUCUUUAUCUUUUCACUUAAGAUUUUUCUAAAAGUAGGCAACUAGACAAAAAUGACUGGUAGAACUUUAACCUUGUCUUCCGUGGCUACAGAGGUGAGGACUACAAAGAGCCAGGCACAGAGCAGUGUUGAGGUGAAGUUUCCUAAAACUGUCUUGUCUUUAUCUUCCAGUAGUCCUUAUUUCCUUACUUCCUUUCCGCUGGUAGAAACUAUGCCUGAGUUUCGUAUGAGAAGCAGGAGUGUUCUGGGGCUUGGAAAAUGGGAGGGAGUAUUGGUUUCUUUCAAUAGAGUAGGUAUAUCACUUUUUAUUUCUUAGGAAACUGUAAAGGCUUCUUAACUCUUCAACCUAUAUUAAUGAAAGAAUCUGUGGACCAUUGUACAUUAAGCAGAUAGAAGCAAAGAGUUUUGCACAUUUUAUUUUUUAAAACUUAACUAACUUUUGCUCCUACUGAUGCUUUUCAACCUGAAGAACCAGAAAGAAAGACAAACGUAGGUAAAAGGGCUUUCAUACAUACUAUUCUAGUUUCGUUCCGCGUAGUCAGUAGCCAAACCAAGAUUUGUAGGUACGGAGAAAGUUAACGGAGAAUUAUUUUUCAGGAUCAGAGACCUAAUCCAGGUAAGUUGAAACUUUUCCUAACAUCAUCACAUUUCACCAACUUAGCCUGAAAGUAGGCCUCUUCUCUUUUCAACGCUACACAAGAGAAGGCUGGUCUCCAAGUGUGGAGAGCAAUUGAGUUAGAAAGGGGCUUACUUUUUCUCUAUUUCAUCGACAGUUUAGGAGAAUUAAGCCCAUU